GCUGACCUGCUCUCGGCGCCGUUAACUUCCUUCUUGUGUUCUUGUUAUGUUUUCUGUGUUUGUGAUGCAGUGAAACUCCCGCUGCGGUUCACCGCCGGCUGAAAAUGGAGCGGUACGGGUCGGACACGGAGGGAGACGAGCAGGAGAGGCCGCUGCUUCACCGGGGAGCCGAGGAUAAACUACAAAAAGGUCCCUCUCUAUCUCCCCACACAUCCACCAACCACUGGAACACAUCUCCAAAGUUCUGCUGGACCAGCUCAGCUUCCCCUCAGAAGAAGUGGCGCCACCUGCCAGAUGAAGGAGCCUUUUGAGAGGCAGCUGGCAUCGUGAUUGGACUGUACUUUGGUCUGUUCCAAUCCAGCUUCAGCUCCAGAGACGGCAGGCGGGACGAGUCAACGGAGGCCGGAUGGACGAAGGCAUGCAGCUGAGUACAAUCCAGAAAACAACAGAGGAGGAGUGCAGCAGCCCAGGACCAGAACAACCAGAGUAGCAUGACCAAAGAACUACAGACUCUUCACAACCUGCUCAAACUCUUGAUACAGGACCUCACCACACGGGUCAAGAAGGUUUCCUUCUCCUCAUUUCUACUCUGAAGCUCACCUUCUCCUGCUCAAACUGCUGACAAAUGUUUCUGCUGCUCUAAAGUCUGGUCUCCAGAACUUCCUAAAAACUCUCAAAGUCUCUUCUGCUGCAGGUUGCUUUGUAGAACUGUUCCCGAAAACCUCACUAAACCACAUGGAGGGGCCUCAAGAUAGUCGUCCAAAUGAAACCAUACAAAAACCAAACUAGCACAAUCCAAACGCUAAAGUCUCCUGCAGCCUACCAGAGAACAUCUGAGAACAGAGAAUCAGGACAGGAACUCUUACCUUCUGGACAACCAACGUGGGUUCACAAACAAGAAUACAGAAUGUGUCUGACCAAAAACCUCUGAAGACUCACUACAGCCAAGAUAAAGACACAACUCAGCUGCAGCAAAUCCACUAAUCACUGCACACAUUAGCACCAUGUGCUAACUGUGGCUGAAGAACCACAUUUACCAAGACAACUAUCCAGUAUAAAGCCCUAAAACACACCAAGAAACACAUUAAAGACGACUUUACUGCUGGAAGCUGCAAGCCAACGCCUAAAGAACAAACUAAAGCAAUGGAGCCAAACCCGGUUCAGUGGUGAAGAGAAGCAGAGGAAAUGUUUGUCUGCAGCCACAUAAAGCAGGAAGACACUGAGCUGCUCAGGUGUUCCUGAUAACACCAAGCUGCUCAGGUGUUCCUGAUAACACCAAGCAGCCACCUGGACAGCCAAUAGGAACACAGCUUCCUGGAAGUCCAGAGGGCUGGGUUAGUCAAGGAAAUUUAAAGUUGAAGCAGAAAGUUAACAAAGAAAGUUGAAAACCACCUUCUGAUACCUGAAAUCUCUGAGUUUUCACACAAAGAACACCUGAACAUGUCAAACUGGUUCCAUAGUAGAACCGUCAUUGUAAAAACGUCAUAGUAUGGUGUGUUGCUCCAAAAGCAUUACAACCCGGCUGUCUAGGGUCGCAGAGGAGCAACACAAAAACAGGACAAACGCUGGUUUCCAGGGGGUUAGGAGGCUAUUUAUUUGAAAGAGUAAGUUUACAACAACACAUGUGAGCAGAAAAAUCACAAAGUCUGUCUUUAGUUCAGCUGAAAGUAUUAGUUUUUGUCUUUUUUAUUGACCAAACUUUUCAGGAAGUAGAUGAAGAAUAAUUAAAGCAUCUGAGUAUAAAGCGAUAAUUGCUGGUUUUUAUGAGGCAUAAACAAAGUUAGCUACGAUUUUAUUACCUGAGCGAUCUCCAGUCCAGCUUCUUCCACACUUUUUUCUCUCUCUAGAUUAAACAAUAAAGGAAAAAUAACACACAGGAAUCAGAUAAAUUUAAUAAACAUGAUUUCAUGCUGCAGUUCUUUUCUUGGAUAUUAAUGUGCAAACAAAACCCGUUUUAUUUCUUUCUCAGAACCUUCACAAAAUCCAAAAAAAAAAAAAACAGCUGUGAAAUCGAGGUUUUGGGUUUCACAAGAGAAAUUUUUUUUUUAAAGAUUCUGCAGGUUUUACAUAAUUUACAAUCAGUAUUCCUAUUAGAUAACUUGAUAAACACCUACUUGUGGAGCAUAACAGAGAUUUUGAAGCAUGUAUUUUAUUCCCAUGUUGCCAAUUCUGGCAAAACAAUUAAAAGAAACGAGUAUUAUUUAAUGAUGGUAGAAUCUCUGAUAAUUCAUUAUUACAUUACACAUUAAACUGACCUGACUGGCUCAUUUUGCAUCUAUCUGUGGUCAUUUUGCAUCUCUUUAUGGUCUUUUUGCAUCUCUUUAUAGUCAUUUCGCGUCUCUUUCUGGUCUUUUUGGAUCUCUUUCUGGUCUUUUUGCAUCUAUUUGUGGUCAUUUUGCAUGUUUUUAUGGUCAUUUUGAGUCUAUUUGUGGUCUCUUACAGUGUACAUUGGUUUACCAACCUGUUUUCAUGUUUAGUCCUGGAUGGAAGGCAGGCUGGUCUUAUAUUGUUGUUUUGCAUGAUCUGCCUUUCAUACUUUGAGUACAAUUAAGUAUUUUUUAUAAAUCCGUAUUAGUACCUUUACUUUAAUAAACUAUCUUAGCAGUUUUCCCACUGCUGACCACCAAAUAAAUAUUAUAAUUGUAGUUUCACUGCUGUUUUUCCUCCGAGAUGUUUUGUUUAUUUGACACCUGAAGACUAAACUGGGGGCAAACGGCACACGUCGAAUCCUCUCUCAUCACGUGACUGUGAUGUCACGUACGAGUCAGCUGACCUGCUCUCGGCGCCGUUAACUUCCUUCUUGUGUUCUUCUUGUGUUUUCUGUGUUUGUGAUGCGGUAAAACUCCCGCUGCGGUUCACCGCCGGCUGAAAAUGGAGCGGUACGGGUCGGACACGGAGGGAGACGAGCAGGAGAGGCCGCUGCUUCACCGGGGAGCCGAGGAUAAACUACAAAAAGCUCCAGCAUGCUGUUCGGCUCGCUACAUGCUGGCAUUUCUCUCCUCUUUUGGCUUCUUCGUGGUCUACUCCCUGAGGGUGAACCUCAGCGUGGCGAUGGUGGACAUGCUCAACACCACCCACCAGACCAGCCCCAACCACAGCGGCUCAGUGUGUCCUCCUCACACCAGCAGUCCUCCGCCCAAACACAACCACACGGCCGGCGUUUAUAACUGGGACUCUGAGACUCAGGGCUGGAUUCUGGGCUCCUUCUUCUACGGCUACAUCCUGACUCAGAUCCCUGGAGGAUACCUGGCCGGCCGCUUCGGACCCAAGUGGCUGAUGGGCUUUGGAGUCCUGGGAACUGCGGUUUUUACGCUGCUUACCCCCACGGCCGCCGACCUGGGAGCGAGCUACCUGAUCGCUGUCAGAGUGCUGGAGGGCAUCGGAGAGGGCGUCACGUUCCCCGCCAUGUACACCAUGUGGGCCGCCUGGGCUCCACCGCUGGAGAGGAGCCGACUGCUCACCAUCACGUACAUCGGAGCCCAGCUGGGGACGGUAGUUUGUCUUCCUCUGUCUGGUCAGAUCUGCUUCUACCUGGACUGGACCUACGUCUUCUAUAUAUUUGGCGCUGUUGGUCUGGUGUGGUUCAUCUUGUGGUCUUUUCUGGUCUUCAACAGUCCGAACACUCAUCCUCGGAUAUCAGAGCGGGAGAGACUCUACAUCACCAACUCGCUGAAGAAUGAGCUCUCCACCUCAGCAGGUUACAUCCCCUGGGGGUCCAUAGUGACGUCCAUGCCUCUGUGGGCCAUCGUCGUGGCUCAUUUCUCCUACAACUGGACCUUCUACACCCUCCUCACCCUGCUGCCGACGUACAUGAACGACAUCCUGGGAUUCAGCAUAAAGCAGAACGGCCUGCUGUCGGCUCUACCUUACCUGGGCUGUGCCAUCGUGGCCGUUCUGAGCGGACAAGUAGCCGACUACCUUCGAGAGAGCUGCCUGUAUCCCACCAUCCUGGUCAGGAAGGUCUUCUCCAUCAUCGGGAUGAUCGGACCGGCAGCCUUCCUGGUGGCGGCGGGUUACACCGGCUGUAACUACAUCCUGGCUGUGAGCUUCGUCACCGUCUCCUCGUCUCUGGGCGGAGUGUCGGCGUCCGGCUUCAACAUCAACCACCUGGACAUCGCUCCUUCGUAUGCAGGGAUUCUGCUGGGAGUCACCAACACCUUUGCAACCAUCCCCGGCAUGGUGGGACCAGUUAUAGCCAGAGAUCUCACCAAACACAACACCAUAGAAGAAUGGCAGACUGUCUUCUACAUCGCUGCAGCCAUCAACUUGUUUGGAGCGUUGUUCUUCAAUGCGUUUGGUAAAGGAACAGUGCAGCCCUGGGCGGUCCACACGUCCUACUCUCACGGAGACUGAGGCGAAGGACAAGCACCAGACUCAUCCUUCAGACAAACAUGAAUCAACGAAGAGACGAGUUCCAACUGCGAUGAUUGUUUUCCCAACACAGUGAGUAACGGCCGUGAUGCCUUCAAGGACGCCCCUCACUGUGUCUGGAGUCUUUAGUUAAUCAAAUACAGGAAGAUGCUCUUUGGAGGCAAAAAUAAUAACUGAGCAGAGCAGAAGCCAGAUAUCCUGCCACUGAUUCAAAGAUGUAAGCCAGAGCUGAAAUGGUCGUAUAUUUCCAGGCUAGUACGGUCUGCUGAGGGUAGUUAGCUUACAGAUCGAUAGAUAUUUGUGGGUUAUCUAAGACUUGUUGACCGUCAGGCACUGUACACACCAGUGU